AUGUCUCAAACUGCUGUCCCUCUCACGAUCAUCAAAGGCGCAGGCCAUGAGUACAUCCCGAUCCCGCAAGGCGAAAGCGCCAUUGUCGCAGACUUUCACUCCAUCCAAACCCAAACCACCGACUCUCCCACCUACCUCACUUCAGGAUUUUACCGGAUCCAAGCAGGACCGACGCGUAACAUCCCCCAGUACACGUACGAAGAGACCAAGUAUGUUCUCAGCGGGCAGAUUGACGUCUUGGACGAGGCGACGGGUGUCACGCAUCAUCUGGUCGCGGGCGACUUUGCAUUCUUCCAUGUAGGCUCCAAGGCGCAGUUCUCGAGCAAGUCGGGUGGGCUGGCUUUCUUUGCUGUCACGAGGCCCAUCAUCACACAGCACCCGGGCCUGCAGGGGAGGGAGGAGGAGGUGAAGUCGAAGUUGUGA